AUGACGACAUCUCCUGUCUCGGACUCAAGUUCCUGGCGAAGUCGACUGCUGUGCUCUUCCCGGUACUUGAAAUACUUCCGGCGUUGGGUAGGAGCUCGCCGUCGAUGCCGAGUCGGGGCAGACUACUUCCUAGUCCGAGAUCUCGAGACUGAGCACCAGAUCCUCCAAAACACCUGCGAAACCCAUCUCAAGGGAAUUGCCCCGGACUCUAGACUUGACGAGCUGAUAGAGAACCCCUUUUGCACUGAUUGGAAAGGAUUUGACGACCAAAUCCGCCUCUGGCUGUGGCGGUCGCAUAGUGCGUUCCAACAAAGACUGACGGAGAUGAUGCACGGUGCGACCAAGGAGCAGCAGCAGAUGCUGGCAAUCCAGGAAGACAGAAAGAUCAAACACCGCACCGGCUUUACACUCAAGAAGAAAGACUACACCAGCACCUUGACGAGAAUCAAAGAGGGAAACUCGGUUUUACUCAAGCUCACCCAGCAGAACAAUGAGCUGGAGCCCAGCAGGCGCUCUCGGUCUCAGGCCAAGGUGGCGCGACUCAUCCGCCAGCUCUCCCGCAGCACAGCAGUCGGCUGCUACGGGCUCGUCGCGGACGUCGAGCACAAAUUCGAGCUGUACCCCCAGCCAAAUCAGCCAGAAGCCCGCUCAUUCGUGACCCUUCGCCAAGUCCUCGAGGAGAGCGAGAAAGGCGGCCUCUCACCUCCCUUCGGCUACCCCGAGCAGCUGAAGCUAGCACUAGCUCUUUCCACCAGCGUCCUCCAUCUCUACAACACGCCCUGGCUAGCGAGGAUCGUGACUCUUGACGACGUCGUGUUUCUGCGGGAAACGUCCCUUAAUUAUCACAGCGCGUACCAGCCAUUCGUAGCUAAAGAUUUCCCACCGCAACCCAACUCGCAGCCACAACAAAUGCACCCUCCUCUCCCCGCGCGACUCAGGCCAGUGGACCUAACGGUUCUAUCCCUCGGCACGCUGCUGAUUCAAAUAAUCACGGGCCGGCGCAUAGCAGACCUGGACUUCGACCUCGGCGGUAGUAGUGGCAGCGGGACCGACCUGAACUCGGUGCUAUCCAAGAAAGAAGCAGCAAGCCAGCUGGCAGGCCCCGUUCUGCAGUGCGGCGGCAUGAACUACGAGAGCGCGGCGCAGUGGUGCCUAGGCAGCAUCCUCGGGGUGGCGGGUCUCGAGGACGACCACUUCUGCCAGGAUUUCUACGAGGGAGUCGUUGCGCGGCUCGAGGGGGACAGCAGGAUACAGCAGCAGUGA